UCAGGUGAGCGAGCCGGCUGCUCUGACCACAGAAUUGCUUCCACAGCGAGGUCCUUCUGAGCCUCGCUUUCCUUUCCCCUUGCCGUGGUGUGUUUUCCAGGAUAACUGCAACUCCAGACCCACGAUGGAUGCCCUGCAACUGGCAAACUCUGCUUUUGCAGUUGACCUGUUCAAAAAACUCUGUGAAAAGGAGCCAGCAGGCAAUGUCCUCUUCUCUCCAAUCUGUCUCUCCACCUCCCUGUCACUUGUUCAUGUAGGAGCCAAAGGUGACACAGCCAAUGAAAUUGGACAGGUCCUUCAUUUUGAAAAUGUCAAAGAUGUGCCCUUUGGAUUUCAAACAGUAACGUCAGAUGUAAACAAACUUAGUUCCUUCUAUUCGCUGAAACUAAUCAAACGGCUCUAUGUAGACAAAUCUCUGAAUCCAUCUACAGAGUUCAUCAGCUCUACGAAGAGACCCUAUGCAAAGGAGAUGGAAACUGUUGACUUCAAAGAUAAAUUGGAAGAAACGAAAGGUCAGAUCAACAACUCAAUUAAGGAUCUCACAGAUGGCCACUUUGAGAACAUUUUAUCUAACAACAAUGUAAAUGACCAGACCAAAAUCCUUGUGGUUAAUGCCGCCUACUUCAUUGGAAAGUGGAUGAAGAAAUUUCCUGAAUCGGAAACCAAAGAAUGUCCUUUCCGAGUCAACAAGACGGACACCAAGCCAGUGCAAAUGAUGAGUCUGGAAGCCAUGUUCUGCAUGGGCAACAUUGACAGUAUCAACUGUAAGGUCAUAGAGAUCCCCUUUCAAAAUAAGCACCUCAGCAUGCUCAUCCUGCUGCCCAAGGACGUGGAGGAUGAGUCUACGGGCCUGGAGAAGGUUGAAAAACAACUCAACUCAGAGACGCUCUUGCAGUGGACCAAUCCUAGCACCAUGGCCAAUACCAAAGUCAAACUAUCCAUUCCAAAAUUUAAGGUGGAAAAGAUGAUUGAUCCCAAGGCUAGUCUGGAAAACCUAGGGCUGAAAAGUACCUUUGAUGAGAGUACAUCUGAUUUCUCUGGAAUGUCAGAGACCAAGGGAGUGGCGCUCUCCAAUGUUAUUCACAGAGUGUGCUUAGAGAUAAGCGAAGAUGGUGGGGAUUCCAUAGAGGUGCCGGGAUCAAGAAUCCUGCAACACAAAGAUGAAUUCAGGGCCGACCACCCAUUUAUUUACAUAGUCAGGCACAACAAAACUCGAAACAUCGUUUUCUUUGGCAAGUUCUGUUCUCCUUAAGUGGCAGAGCCCAGGUUAAGUCCCACCUGACUUUUCUGUAAACUCUACAUCCAGAGGAUCCCUUUCUAAAUAUGAUAACUUGUUAAUAUUGCUGAAGGAGGAAUGCCUCCUUGUCCUAUGUAGCCCUCACACUAAUAGGCCUUUUUCUCCCAAUCUUUUCUUUUAUGUCCCUUUCUACCCAUCAAAGACAAUACUUUGAAUGAAAAGAAAAUAUGUAUUCAUUAUUUGUCACACUAUCUAGGGUUAUGGGCAGAAAUACAGUCAUUCACAAAGAAAAGUCCUAUAAGGAGCUUUGCCUUCCUUCAUUGGGAUACAGAAUGUUCCAGACGUUCUCACUUCCCUGAAAGGCUAAAGAAACUGUGGUUUAUGGGAUCUGACAAACUUUCCUGGUUCCAGUGAAAUGUGAGCACAUAGUUAGGCUAACGUAGGUCCACAGCUCCUUAUGCUAAAUGCUGAGGGGCAAAUGUAUUUUUCAGGUUCUGAUUUUGGGGGCAUUUAGAAAGAUAAUAUGUUGCACAAACUGUAUGUUAUGGAAGUCUAUUGAAAGAGUCUGAAACAACACCCUAUAUAGAAGUCAUUACCUUGAUAUUCCUGCCAUAAAAUGUAUAAUAUUGAAGUGCUCACACUGCUUUGACAUACUUUUUCUAAGACUAUGGGUUUAGUUACUAUAGAUUACUGGUCAGUCACUUGCAUUAAUAGUAAUUUUAAAAGUUGAUCUGAUAAGUUAUCUAUAUUACAAGUUCACAUAUUAAUUUACUAUCAAAAGAGCACAUUUACUGAAGAUUUUGUGACAAUACAUUCUCAUCUCUUCCUUGUAAAUAGGUUCCACUUUAUUCUUGCUCCAAAGGAUCCAUAUAAAAUUUCUUUUAUGCUAUUGACAAUAAAAUAUUAUUAAACUACA